UUUCACUCUUUCAGGAAAAAGUGCACCAGAUGUGCCAGCUGAAAGAAGAAAACCGAACACUACAACGAUGUACCAGACAUUACAGAGAAAGAGAGAUGAUGAUCAAGUUUGUCUUAAUCAUAAUCUCCAGCUGCUGUUGAUCGGCAGAAGUGCAUCUGGGAAAAGCAUCACAGGAAACAUCAUGUUCAAUGAUUCAGUGUUUGAGUCCAGAAUAAGCUCUUCAUCAGUGACGAGAGUCAGUCAAACACACACUGCAUCUGUCAAUAACCGCAGUGUGAUGGUAGUCGAUACUCCAGACUUCAGAUUCUCCACACACACUGACUUUGACUCAGACUCUGAGCUGAAGAGAGCUCUUCAGUUAUGUGUAUCAGGAGCUCAUGUUAUUCUGCUCUUUCUGUCUUUAAGCACCUUCACUGAGCAGGACCAAGAGUUCAUCCACUGGUUUGAGCAGAAGUUUGGUGCUGAAGCUCUCAGAUUUACUCUGGUGCUCUUCACUCACGCAGAUAAACCACACAUGAGGACACUAGCAGAAAUGAUUAGGAGAAACACCCAAUUAUCUGAUUUCAUUAAUCGAUGCGGUCGCAGAUAUCAUGAGUUUAACAUUAAAGCUCCAGCAAACAGACGACAGGUGACUGAACUGAUGGAGAAAGUAGAAAGACUGGUGUCUGAGAACUCACACUCCUGCUACACACUGGAGAUGAUGGAGGACGAGGAGAAGAGGAGAAAAGAGAAGGAGAGAAGAGAGAGGGAGGAGAAAGAGAGAGAACGUCAGAUUACAUUAGAGAGAGUCAGACAAGAGACAGAGAUACGAGUCAGGAGAGAAUAUGAGGAGGCGAAACAGUGGCAAGAAGAGGAGAAGAAGAAAGAGAGAGAACGUCAGAUUACAUUAGAGAGAGUCAGACAACAGGCAGAGAUACGAGUCAGGAGAGAAUAUGAGGAGGAGAAACAGAGGAGAGAGAAUAGGGAUAGUGAAUAUGUGAGAGAAUAUGGGACAAAAAAAGAAUCAUGUAUUUUAAAUUGAUUCAGUUCAAUUUAAGUUUA